AUGUCCCCAACUUCAGUGGUGGUCCCGGUGUACGUACGCGAGCGCGUGUUGACUGUGGCAGGGGAACAAGGCUUCGGCAGCGAUGUGACGAUCACCUACGAACCUGGCUCCAGUACGGGCGAUGGUUACAUUGGGCAGAUCGUGCGUGCUUGGCUCACCGAUUCGCAGUGUUCGAUGCCGAUCAUUUGCAAGUUCCCACCCGUUGACCGGGAGCAGCGGGAGCAGUUCAACGCAAUGCUGGUAUUCGAACGCGAACACUUCAUCUACCAACGUGUUCUGCCAGCGUUCGCGGACCUUCAGCACCAGCACGGCCUGAGCCACGCGGACGAUCAGUACUUUGGUAAUUAUGCCAAAUGCUACCACACCUAUUGUGACACGGAACGCGAGGAAGCUCUGCUGGUGCUGGAAGAUUUAACCGCUCCCGAUCGUGCCGCGCUGAAAAAGCUCGAUGCGUACGAGCCGAUCGAUUACGAUCAUGUGUACGUGCUUAUGGUGGCACUCGGAAAGCUGAAUGCAUGUUCGUUCGCCCUCAAACAACAUCGCCCGGAGCUGUUUCGUGAGCUUCAGCAACUGAACGAUCUGCUGUCGGUAAUUUUGGAUACGGAACAGUUGCGCCACCUUACACCACGCCACUGCCAGCUGGCAGCAUCUGCCUUUGACGAGGCGGAUGAUCCGGUUCAUCGGCAGCAACUUCUCGAUCUGGCCGUAGAUAUGUGGCACCGUACGGGGGAACAUAUUCGCGGCGAUCGAGCGGAACCAUACGCCGCGCUAAACCACGGUGAUUGCUGGACAAACAACGUAAUGUUCGGGUACGGCGAUAGCGGUCGUGCGGCCAAGAUUUGUCUGUUCGACUGGCAGCUGGCACGCUACAGUUCCCCGGUGCUGGACUUUGUCCUGUUUAUCUACUUGUGCGGCCAGCGAGAUUUACGGCAAGCGGAAAAAUUCGCGUCCCUCGUGCAGGCGUUCUACGACUCUUUCGCGGCCACUCUGCGGCGCUUGGGAGGCGAUCCCGAAAGCACUCUGCCACAGAAGGAAUUGCACAAGCAAACGAAACGUUUCGGACGAUUGGCACUUUCGAUGGGAACGUACGCUUUGCCGAACUUUGCUAAACUGCCAGACGAAGUCCGCGUAAAUCCGGAGCACCACCGGGACGAUCUACGGUUACAGAAGUACUACAAACUGAUGCGCGAACUCGUGGAGGAUACGGAUUUGUUUGACAGAUUUGAAUAA